CCUUUACACCUCCUAAGUCUCCCGUCGGCAACAGUCCGUCACGCAGACCACGAAAGCACCAAUAUCGACUUCCACUGGUUAAUUUGCAUUCCCCUGCCGCUAAACUACGCAGCCUUGUCUCGAAAUGUCCAACAAAAGGAGUCCCUACGCCUACGAACCACUCUCUAAGAAUCCGGAUGAGAUCAGACUGCUCAAACUGAUGCCUCCAUCCUCAUCAGGUGACAUCGAAAUCGAGAUCAUCCGUGUCCCUUCUUCGGCACCUCCGGCCUACGAGGCGCUGUCCUAUGUAUGGGGCUCCCCAGAGCGGACACAUGAAGUGACUGUCAAGACGUCUUCAAAGAAGUGUUUCCCCCGACGCUCGAGGAGAGGGCGAUUUCUUUCCGGCCGUUCGAAGUUCGAACUGAGUCAUCUGGCAAUUUCUCGGAAUCUCUUCAUGGCACUGCAGCAUCUAAGUUUUGCGAAGAAACCAAGACUCUUGUGGAUUGACGCUAUCUGCAUCAAUCAAGAUGACAUAGUGGAGAGAAGUGAGCAGGUCAACAAGAUGGCGUCCAUCUAUGGCAGUGCACGACUGGUAAUUCUUUGGCUCGGGGAAGAAGCCCAUGAAAGUACAUUGGCGGUUCAGACACUGAGGGAUGUGGGAGAAGGACUCGAUGUUCACAAUGUGGGAGCGAGUUGGAAAAACAUCUCUAUCAAGCGAGGCAGUUUGGCCGAAAAGCUGGAAAAUAAUGCUGAAGACAGGGCACAAAUGGCAACAAGCUUUGUGGCUAUUGGGAGGCUCUUGGAGCGGCCAUGGUUCACGAGACUUUGGGUCAUUCAAGAAAUGGCACUUGCUGCUGAAGCUAUCGUUAUGACCGGCAAUACAGUCCUCCCCUUGCCAAUUUUUCAAGCUGCUCUUUUUUGGAUUCAUACUAUGUACCGCGCUUUCACAACCCUCCGCGAAACUCUCAAUUUUGAAGCUCUCGAACAAGUUUCGGCAAUGAACCAAUGUAGUACUCUAUCCAAUCUGCCUAAUGUUACCCUUCUUACGAAGAAAGCCCAUUGUCUUGACCCUCGAGAUAGAAUAUAUGCCAUCUUGAGCCUUUUACCUGAGGGCGUCUCAGCUGGUAUUGUUCCAAACUACUCCAAAGCGCCUGAAGAGGUAUUUAAAAAUACCGUUCUCCAAGAAAUCAAUACAAAUCGACGAGUGGAUAUUUUGACCCUCUGCAGAUUCAUUGACCCGGCCUCAGUUCUGCCGCUUCCUUCGUGGGUGUUCGACUUUUCCGUCCCUUAUCAGCUCGGAAAUGCCCUCUAUGCUGCUGAGGCCACUGGAAGAUCAAGAGAGGAAAGUCGGUACGACCCCUCCGACAACAGCCUCACCAUCCAAGGACUGCAGAUAUGUGUGAUCGACCAAGUUUUUGAAGCCAUUCCCUACGACGCCAAGUCCCCAGAGAUACUCACCAAAUGCCAAACCUGGGAACUGGCUUGCAGAUAUGCAACCUCACAAACUGGAGGAGUGCCCUCGAUUGACGCUCUUAUUGCCACGAUAUUCUCGGGUUCCGUCACCGCCGCUCUCUUGGCGGGCGCGGUUCUGGAUAUACAAAUACUGAGGAAAAUCGCUAUCAAGUGGGUGGAGAAUGCUUCGUGCAUGGCAUGAUGAACGGAGAAGCCCUCCUGGGUCCUCUUAGCCCGGGGAGUCGAUUUGGCUGGAGAGAUGUGGCGGGAAAACUAUUCCCAGUGUUUAUCGACGGCAACGGCG